UAGGAGAGUUUACCUCAAGAUACGCCUUUGUAAGAUUAGAAUGCAAUAUAGCGAACGUCAUUUGUCUGUUUUGUGGCUCCCGUCAGUGGCCGGCGUCAAGGCUCCGCAGCUUAUACUGUAAACACCCAAGGGAAGUAGUUUCUUCUGCCUUAUUCUCGCCCUUUCAAGGAGAGAUGAGUGUGUGUACUCUGUGAAGAUGUAUACAGGCAGUGGGAUAAGUAAGGAAACACAGCAUAUAUCUCCUCACAUAGCAGCCCACAAAUCAUCAUUGGCACCAACCUCUUCUGUAUCCAGUCUUACAUCUGUGGGAUUGAAUUCUGGAGGACCGUAUGAUCUAGUUCACCAUCACAUCAAUAAGGGUGGUUUCAACAAUCAUAUUCCAACCUACAAAGUAGGAAUGCACCAGCCCCAUCAAUCCAUUGCAAAGGGUCUGGACCACGAUGAAGUUUCUUCCAUGGGGCGUCAUGGGCACGCUGCAAUGUCUCAUCAUUGCAGAAGCGCACCGCAAGACCUUUCUGCCCAUGCUGCAGGGACAGAUAAGACAAUGCCCUUGGAACUAACACCUCAUUCCUCAAUUCACCAUAAGCCCUUGCCUCACAUCCACACUGUAGUUAGUCAAGGUGUCAGUGGUAACCAGAUUGGGAGUUUAAUGCCUGCCCAUCAGACAGACCGAGGUUCGCCCUAUUUCCGUGUGCCAGAUUCUGUCAUAAAUGUGCAAGGCCCAUCAGCUGUGCUUGUGUCCUCUGGUGGGGAGGGAGUGUCGUCAUCCUCCCACUCCAUCUCUCAUGCAUCUUCUAUGGUACAUGCAGUGUCGUCUCAUAACGUGGCCACAAACUUAACAACAAUGCCUCCAGCAUCCUUGGCUACGACAGUUUCUCUGCCAGGUGGUGUGGCAAGUACUAUGUCUAAUAGCCACAUGAUGCCUAAUGAGUGUAGUGCAGCUUCCAAUGUUUCAACUGGAUGUGUAAUGCCACAUUCAGAUCUUAGAGAUGUUAAAAAAGAAAAAGCAGAGCAGCUAGAAGGAAUGGGCUUAGCAGCUGGCCAGAGACAAGUGUGCCAUCCUGAAGGACCUCACAGAGACCUGGUCCGUCAAGCCCUCCAGGCAGUUGUCACCAACCCUCAACACAAAACUGGUAAUGACCAAGAAGUAAUUGAAUAUAACUACACAGCUGGUGAUAUAGCAGAGUUGUUGAUGAUGAACAUCCAGGUCAAUGCAUCACUACAAGCCAUGAACAAAGGCAAUGUUCCACCAGAACAGGAAGCAGGAGAAGUGGUUAUGCUUCAGCCAGCAGAAGUUGAUGAAACAAGCAGCGUAACUUCAUUUUCUCAGAGUCCUAAGCGUCGCCGUCCAAAACUGUCAGAUGAAGCACAAGCAGAACGGCGAAUCAGGAUUGCCUUACGCAUGAGGGAAAAAAGAGCAGAGGAGUCAGAUGAACAAAAAAAAUUACGUAGAAUAAGAGAAGCGGAGCGUAUGAGACGCAAAAGAGCAGCAGAAGAUGAGGAACAAAAAGUAAGGAGGAGAUUAGAAGCUGCUGCCAGAGCGAGGAAUCGACGUGCUUCUAUGACUAUGGAAGAGAGGAUACAGGACAGGGAAAGAGCAGCUGAACGCAUGAGAUUGAGACGGGCCACCGAGAGUCCUGAUUCAAAAACCGUACGUCGCGUAAAGGCUGCAGAGCGAAUGCGGAAAAGAAGAGCUACUGAGACUCCCGAACAGCGUAAUCAGCGGCGACAAAAUAUAGCAGUCAGAAUGAAAGCUCGGCGCAAACGCAAAAGUGAAGAAAGCAUUAAUGGUGAUGAUGAACCAGAGGUAUUAAACCAAUCAACAAAUGCUAGAUUAGUGAAGACUGAAGAUACUAGGAGUGCCACACACCAAGAAAGUUCCGAACCAGUUGUGAAUGUGAACCCUAACCAUUCAACACCUCAGACUGUUACAUCCUCACCUCACUUAUAUGUACCAUCCACUAUUGGUGCGGGUGGAGGAAGUGUUGCUGUGUUACAUAUGGAUUCCUCUUUGCCUUCCAUGUCUUUAGGACAUCCACCCAACCCUGGACUCUCCACUGUUGACAUGACCCAGCUGGGUCAGCCACUUUCCUUACAAAAGACCAGCUCAGCAAACCAGGAACAGAAACAAGCAGUGGCGACCCAAGAUACUCCAACUUCAAUGUCAUCUCAAGAGACCUCAUCGCUCUCCAGCUUCAUCACAAUCCCACAUAGCACUUUGGAACCCCUCUCUCUGCACAAGGCAUCAAGCUACCACCACCAUAUACCCCACCUCUUACACUAUCAUCAGCCACACAGUAGUUCUGUACAGCAGCAUCCACAACACCACCAUCUCCAUCACCACCACCAUUCAUCUCACCAUCACCAACAACGUCACCAACACCAGUAGCAAUUAAUUCUUAAACAUUUGACACAUUCAGUUUAUAAAACUCAUGUUUUAUAAGUAGGGGUACAUGAUUAAUAUUUUUAUUCUUAAGAAUAGGGUUAAGUGUGUUUCCAUCACUGUUUAUACUAUGAGGUCUGUGGGAUGCUUUGAAAGCUUCAGACUGUCAUGUGGCUCCUACUACAUUGUAUACCUCCAAAAUACAACUCUUUAUCAUGAA